AUGGAUGAUACGAAUGGACAAGUUGUAGCUGGUGGCAAUGGCUACGGAAAUCGAUUGGAUCAAUUGCAGUAUCCAACCGAUGUGUUGAUCAACAAAGAGACUGAUAGUCUCAUUAUUUGUGACCGAAGCAAUCGACGAGUCGUACGACGGUCUCAUCGUAGUGGUGCAACUCAAGGAGAAAUCCUCAUCGACAACAUCAAGUGUUGGGGAUUGGUCAUGGAUGAUCAGAGAUAUCUCUACAUCUCUGACACCGAUAAAAAUGAAGUAAGACAAUAUAAAAUAGGAGACAAGAAUGGAACUAUUGUGGCUGGUGGCAAUGGCAAAGGUGCUGGUCUCAAUCAACUCAAUGAGCCGGCCUACAUCUUUGUCGAUCAACAACAGACUGUCUACGUGCCAGACAACAACAAUCAUCGUGUAAUGAAAUGGAAUAAAGGUGCAACAGAAGGAAUUGUCGUCGCUGGAGGUCAAGGCAAAGGGAAUGCUCUGACACAAUUGUCGCUUCCUAAUGGACUGUUCGUCGAUACAUUGGGUACCAUCUAUGUGGCAGACUCGGGGAAUCAUCGAGUGAUGCGUUGGCCUAAAGGAGCGAAACAAGGCACUGUCAUUGUGGGUGGAAAUGGUCAAGGAGCAGGAGCUAACCAGGUCGACCGUCCCGCGUGUUUGUCCUUCGAUCGACAUGGCAAUCUCUAUGUCGCCGAUCUCAACAAUCAUCGUGUUCAACACUUUUCAAUUGAAUAGACUCAAAACGAUGGAUUAUUUUUUUUUCUUUCUUUUCGUUUCAAAUAAAUCACGUUGCAUUGAUGAAAUGAAUGUCUAUUCUAUUCGCGCGCGCGACCAGGAACUAUCCUGGUGGAGCCGUGGCGAGCGUAACGCUCAUGCACGCACAGGACAGACUCAUAUCAUUCGUACCCUCCCCGCGAGAGAUAUGUCAAUGAGUCUGAAUAAGCCUGGUCGUGUGCCGCGGACACCAAGACAGUUCCUGGCCGAACUUUUAAGGACUACCCGGAAGUCCUGUAAAAAUAACGGUAGCCUAACCUCAACGGACAUAACUCACCCCUUCCCCCUACUAACACUCUUUUCUCAGUCACUUUAUCCCUCUCUUCAAUCUCAAUAUUACACUAUCUAACCUCAUCCUCCUCUCCCCUAUUCUCACCUCAAAAAAAAAAGAAAAAAAAAAUUACUCACCCUGUUUUGAUGUUGAACGAUGUUGAUUACGACGCGAUGAUAUUGAGAACUAGAAAGAAAAAGAAAAAAAAUUAAUUUAAUGUUAUAUAAUGAAGAAAAAAAAGAAUGAGUUAACUUACCCCGCUGUUAUCUUGUCAUAGUUGAAAAUAUUCAUCGAACCUAAGUCAAAAGAAAAAAAAAUAAAUUAAAAAGAUUAUAGGAGGUCUUAUUUCACCAUCCUUAUAAUCGUUAAAUAAAAAAAAAAUAGAAAAAAAAUUAAAACUGAUACCUACAUUUUUUUUUAUUGUAUGGCUUGAUCUUUAUUUGAUUAGUUUUGUAUCAUCGAGGCCAAUCUAAAACAGAAAAAGAAAAAUCAUUAUUAUUUGAUUCAAAAAUUUGAAUGAUUUUACAAAGGAAAUCAUUCGUAUAUACACCUUGAAAAAUCAUUUUUUUCUCUCGUCGAAAAUGAAUUAAAAGUUGAUUUCAGGGUGUGGGUGUGGGUGGGUGUGGGUGUGGGUGUGUGGGUGUGGGU